AUGGCGCCUUCACGCUCAAGAGCUGCCGCGGUCGAUACCGACGCGUCAAUGUCUGACGCCCCAGAGACCCAUCAUGCGGAAGAUAUGGAAGUCGAUGAGACUCCAGACUACACUGAUUCAGACACCAAUCCGAACACCACCGCUAGCAGCGUUGCUGGUGAACCCACCGGAGACGGCCGUAAGAAACGUUCUGAAGCGAACCAGCUCCGCCGGAGCAUCUUUGGCAAGAAGCAUGAUAGGUUAGGCGAAUCCAAGGAGGAGGAUAGCAUUCGCCGAUUCAGAUACCUUUUGGGCCUGACAGACCUCUUCCGCCACUUCAUCGAGACGAACCCCAAUCCUAAGAUCCGAGAAAUCAUGACCGAGAUUGAUCGACAGAAUGCCGAGGCCUCGAAAAGCAAGAAGGGCGGUGCGCGUCAAGGUGGUGCGAGCAAUGAGCGGCGUCGUCGGACCGAAGCCGAGGAAGAUGCUGAGCUUCUUCGCGAUGAGAAGCACGGAGGCUCCGCCGAGACGGUUUUCCGAGAAUCGCCCCCUUUUAUCCAGGGAACUAUGAGAGAUUACCAGAUCGCCGGUCUCAACUGGUUGAUUUCUCUCCACGAGAACGGCAUUUCUGGAAUUCUGGCUGACGAGAUGGGUCUCGGCAAAACCCUGCAAACAAUCUCGUUCCUGGGCUACCUACGACACAUCAUGGACAUUACCGGCCCGCAUAUCGUCAUUGUUCCCAAAUCAACGCUGGACAACUGGAAGCGAGAGUUCGAGAGAUGGACACCCGAGGUCAAGGUUCUUGUGCUCCAGGGUGCAAAGGAGGAGCGCCAAAGCCUCAUCAACGAUCGCCUGGUCUCGGAGGACUUCGAUGUCUGCAUCACGAGCUACGAGAUGGUCCUGCGCGAAAAGGGACACCUGAAGAAGUUUGCGUGGGAGUAUAUCAUCAUCGACGAGGCGCACCGCAUCAAGAACGAGGAGUCAUCACUGGCCCAGGUGAUCCGUCUGUUCAACUCCCGAAACCGACUUCUCAUUACCGGUACACCUCUCCAGAACAACCUUCACGAACUCUGGGCGUUGCUCAACUUCUUGCUUCCCGAUGUUUUCGGCGACUCGGAAGCCUUUGACCAGUGGUUCUCCGGCCAGGAUCGUGAUCAAGACACAGUUGUGCAGCAGUUGCACCGUGUGCUGAGACCUUUCUUGCUUCGAAGAGUGAAGAGCGACGUGGAGAAGAGCUUGUUGCCCAAGAAGGAGGUCAACGUUUACCUCGGCAUGUCAGACAUGCAAAUCAAGUGGUAUCAGAAGAUUCUCGAAAAGGACAUCGACGCUGUCAACGGCGCAAACGGAAAGCGCGAGUCCAAGACACGCCUUCUCAACAUUGUGAUGCAACUGCGCAAGUGUUGCAAUCACCCUUACCUGUUUGAGGGUGCCGAGCCCGGCCCGCCGUACACCACAGAUGAGCACCUCGUCUACAACGCUGGCAAGAUGGUUGUUCUUGACAAACUACUGGCCAGAAUGCAGAAGCAAGGAAGCAGAGUUCUCAUCUUCUCCCAGAUGAGUCGUCUCCUGGAUAUCCUUGAGGAUUACUGUGUCUUCAGGCAAUACAAGUACUGCCGCAUUGAUGGUUCCACAGCACACGAGGACCGCAUUGCCGCGAUUGACGAGUAUAACAAGCCGGGCUCCGAGAAGUUCAUCUUCCUGCUCACUACAAGAGCUGGUGGUUUGGGCAUCAACCUAACCACAGCCGACAUUGUCGUGCUUUACGACAGUGACUGGAAUCCCCAGGCUGAUUUGCAGGCCAUGGAUCGCGCUCAUCGUAUUGGCCAGACCAAGCAAGUUGUUGUUUACCGUUUCGUAACGGACAAUGCGAUUGAGGAGAAGGUCUUAGAGAGAGCAGCUCAGAAGCUUCGCCUGGACCAGCUGGUUAUUCAACAAGGCCGAGCCCAACAGGCAGCCAAGGCCGCAGCCAACAAGGACGAACUCCUCUCCAUGAUUCAGCACGGUGCUGAGAAGGUGUUCCAGAGCAAGGGCGCUACUGGCUCGUUGGCUGCCAAUGGUGCUGAUAUGGACGAGGACGAUAUCGACAAGAUCCUUGCCUCUGGCGAGUCAAGAACCAAGGAGUUGAAUGCCAAGUACGAAAAGCUCGGAAUUGAUGAUUUGCAGAACUUCACAUCCGAGUCUGCUUAUACAUGGAAUGGCGAGGACUUCAAGACGAACAAGAAGGAUAUCGGCAUGAACUGGAUCAACCCGGCGAAGCGUGAGAGAAAGGAGCAAUCCUACUCCAUGGACAAGUAUUUCCGGCAGACAAUGUAUCCCCCUAAGGAGAAGGACAACAAGCCAAAGGCACCGCGAGCCCCCAAGCAAGUCCCCGUCCACGACUACCAAUUCUAUCCGGACCGCCUUAGGGAACUCCAAGACCGCGAGACUGCCUACUACCGCAAGGAGAUUGGCUACAAGGUUCCCCUCCCUGACGGUGAUGAGGAUAAGCUUGAAGAGCGUGAGCAAGAGCGGGCUUUGGAUCAACAAGAGAUUGACGACGCGACACCACUGAACGAGGAAGAGCUAGAGGAGAAGCAGCGCCUGUCACAGCAAGGCUUCGGCGAGUGGAACCGUCGUGACUUCCAGCAAUUCAUCAAUGCGUCGGGACGCUAUGGCCGCAACGACUACGAGAGCAUUGCUGAAGACAUUGACAACAAGACCGCGGCCGAGGUCAAGCAAUAUGCCAAGGUGUUCUGGCAGCGCUACACGGAAAUCGCCGACUACAACAAGUACAUUAAGGUUAUUGAGGACGGCGAGGAGCGUAUGCGCAAGAUUGAGCAUCAGCGGAAGCUGCUACGCAAGAAGAUGUCCCAGUACCGCGUCCCCUUGCAGCAGCUGAAGAUCAACUACUCCGUCUCCACUACGAACAAGAAGGUCUACACGGAGGAGGAAGACAGAUUUCUUCUGGUUCUUCUCGACAAGCUGGGCAUCGAUUCUCCCGGCCUUUACGAGAAGAUGCGUGACGAGAUUGCGGAGAGUCCUCUCUUCCGAUUCGACUGGUUCUUCCUCAGCAGGACACCUGUCGAGCUCAGCCGUCGCUGCACUACCUUGUUGACGACUAUUGUGAAGGAGUUCGAGGACGUUCAUCCCACGAAGAAUGGUGUCAAUGGCAAGACGAAGAGAGAGGCUGACGAUGAGGAGAAUGACGAGGAUAGCAUUCUCGGCAUGGCUCCCGCCAAGAAGAAGACUAAGAACGGCGUCAAGAACAAGGCUCUGGACAACGUCAAGUCUGAGGUCGGUAGCAAGAACACGUCCGCAGCACCUUCGAGGGCAUCGAGUGUCGCCUCCACAAAACCCACUCCCAAUGCGAAGAGCAAAUCCAAGGGCAAGAAGAAAUAG